GUAUUGCAUUACACGUGUAGUUAUGGCGGACGAAGGGAACGAGUUUGAAAGGCCGCGGAAAAUUCCUAAAACACUGAAAGAAAAGGACUCUGGAAAACGGCUUAUUGUUAUUCUAGAAAAUGCGUCACUUGAGACAGUUAAGAAUGGAAAAAAUUUCGAGUUACUCAAUUGUGACAAACAUAAAAGUAUAAUGCGGAAAAAUAAGAAAGAUCCAGCAACAGCUAGACCAGACAUAGCUCACCAAUGUUUGCUGAUGUUACUGGACAGUCCACUGAACAAAGCAGGUCUUUUACAAGUCUACAUUCAUACAGAGAGAAAUGUCCUUAUUGAGAUUAACCCCCAUACCAGAAUACCAAGGACAUUUGACCGCUUUUGUGGCCUUAUGGUUCAGUUAUUGCACAAACUUAGUAUUCAUGCCUCUGAUGGUCCGCAAAAGUUGCUCAAGGUUAUCAAGAAUCCUGUGACUGAUCAUUUGCCAACUGGCUGUAGGAAAGUGGGAACAUCUUUUCAUUCUGAUAAUCUUGUGAAGUUAAAGGAUGUCAUACCUAAAGAAGAGCCCAUUGUGUUAGUUGUUGGAGCCAUGGCACAUGGCUCGAUUGAUGUCUCUUAUGUGGAAGAAACUGUGGCAAUAAGUCAAUACCCAUUAUCAGGAGCUUUAACUUGUGCAAAAAUCUGCACUGCUUUUGAAGAGGCAUGGGGAGUGGUGUGACAUGAUUUUUUUUUUUUUUUAAAUGGAUCAAUAAAGUCAACCUUGAGGAGUUUAGAGGAACUGUUUUGAGAGCAGAAGCCCUAAAGAAAUUUCAAGGAGCACCUUGUUUUUGUUUCAAUGCAAUAUGAAAAUGUUUUUUUUUUUGGUUGAAUGGUUAGUGUAUUGCUUUAUCCAGUACCAUACUUUUUAAUUCAGGACAAAACCAUGUUUAUGCAAGUGAGCUCCGGAAACAUUUUCAAAACAAAUUUUACAUACACUUUAAGUUUUCUCAGAGAAGAUAAACCAGAGACUCUUCUCUCAAAGGGCAAGUAACAAUUGUUUAUAAAGAAAGAUACUUUUUAUAAAUAUGAAAAUCUGUAGAUUGUUUCUUUUUUUUUUCCUUGGGAUAAUUGAAUAAAAUGAGAUAAAUGUUAUAUUGAAAAAUAAUUGUGA